AUGUCUCAAUCUGGAUCCGGCGACCUUAUGCGCAAGCGCAAGAUUUGCGUCCUCGGGAGUAGAGCAGUUGGUAAAUCAUCGCUCAUUGUCAAGUUUGUCGAGGACCACUUUAUCGAGCCCUACUAUCCGACCAUCGAGCAACCAUAUUUCAAGCAGGUGCCCUUCAAGGGUGUCGAAUACGACGUGUCGAUAAUCGACACUGCCGGCCAGGAUGAAUACUCGCUCCUCUCACCCAAACAUGCCGUCGGAGUCCAUGGAUACAUCCUCGUAUACUCGGUCACUAACCGCCAGAGUUUUGAGAUGGUCCGCAUCAUCUACGAGAAGCUCAAGGCGUUCCAGGACAUUUCGCAUUUACCCGCCGUGGUCGUCGGGCAAAAGAGUGACCUUGUCGAGAAGGAUGGACAACGGCGUGAGGUACCGGCCGAGGAGGCGGAGAAACUCGCCAAAGAGCGCAGUCUUCGGUGGAUCGAGACCUCUGCAAAGUGCAACGCAAACGUGGCGCGUGUAUUCGACAUGUGCUUGGAGGAGAUUGAGAAAUCCAUGCAUCCAACCGACGGGACCGCUGCCGCCGCCGGCACGGACACCACAACAAAGAACAAGGACAACUGCGUCGCAAUGUGA